GCUUAUGGAAGGUUCGGUCUGGGUUUUGAAUCAAAAGGGGUUCACUUUGUGUCCAAUACCAAGCACUUUUUCUUUUGAUAGCCUUUGUAUGAAUGGCAACUAUUCCUUCGUAUCACCUGUUUACAGCUUUCAGAAUAAAGUCCUCUCUAACAAUUGGCGUUGAAGUACUGUCAGAAAUUGAAGAAAGAAAGAGCUGGCAAAUGGGUAGUGGUAUUCUGUGUGUAUUGGAAAAAGAUCACCUUUUUCAAUUUUGUGCUAUCACUAUUAGUGUGGAGCUUGUUCUUGUUGUGGGUUGGUUUGGGUUCAAGGUGUAUCAUAAUGGUACAGACAGUACAGAGUUUUGUGAGAUUAAGUCACUGGUGUGGAAGAGGAUGUGCAACAUCAUCAAUCCAAUAGUGUUGGUGGUGGUCGGCGGGAUGGUGUGCUACUAGCCUACUAUAGCAUUAGACACCAGUUGAAGGUGGUGGGCUGAUGAUGGGUAUUUUUUUGUUUUUGGGGGGCGGGGGGAGAAUAGCAGACUUGACCCAGUUUGUGGGUGU